AAAUGUUGGGUAUCUGAAUGCGGCGCAUUUAUUGCUAGAAAAUCUUAAUGCGACUGGGAGGCAGAUUGGAUACUGCGAAGCAUUUGCCCUGGGCAUGUGCUUGUUUUGUCAACUUCGGGCUGAGCACUCGGUGAUUUACAGUAACUAGUGCUGGAGACAGCCCCUUUAGGAUCGUCCAGGGGAUAUACUCAAUUCAGUCAGCCACAGUUAGGGUGGAGAACACAGUGGAGUACGAGGUGAGGGUUUGUCAUUGUGCUCAGGUUUUGGAUUUGCAGUCCCCAUGGUCUUGUUGGCUGGAGGCUUCGGCGCUGGGUGCACGGUGGGAGUGCGUGUAACCCGUAUAACAAAUAGACUGGAAAGACACCGGGAAAGUCUUUGUACGGUGAUGGGAUGGAAUUGGUUGGGAUGGAGGACAAUGCGAUAUGAUGUUUCAGGUGGACUAUGGAGUGAGUCCUAUUGUGUAGAUCCAAAGACAUGGGCUGAUGGAUAUUGUAUCCAUACCUGGGGCUAUGGCUCUUGUAGAUAGGUCU